UCAAAGUUAACAGAGAAUAGUAAAUACUUCAUAACUGAUCUUCUUUCACUAGCUAGUUGUUAAUCAUGGCUGCUCUUAAAAUGUUUCGCCAAACUUAUUCGUACUUCUUUACCGUCUUUUCUCUCUCAGUUCUUCUGUUUUUCAUUCAACACUGUUCUUGUUUCAACCCCAGAAACUUAUAUGCGUCACCAGCCGGUAACUCCGGUUUCUCAUCAGCUGGAGCUACGUGGUAUGGAGGUCCAAAUGGUGCUGGAAGUGAUGGUGGUGCUUGUGGUUAUGGGAAUGCUGUAGGUCGAUCACCUUUCUCUUCAAUGAUAUCAGCCGGUGGCCCUUCUCUCUAUAAGUCUGGCAAAGGGUGUGGUAGCUGUUAUCAGGUGAAAUGUACGGCGCAUUCAUCCUGUUCAGGAGAACCAGUAACUGUAGUGAUUACAGACGAGUGCGCAGGUUGUGUCUCAGAAUCAACCCAUUUUGAUUUGAGCGGUACAGCUUUUGGUGCCAUGGCCAUUUCUGGCCAAGAACAACAAUUGCGCAAUGCUGGCGUUUUACAAAUAGAAUAUCAACGAGUGGAAUGCAACUAUCCAGGCACGAAUAUUGUAUUUAAGGUUGACGCGGGUUCAAACCCUCACUACUUUGCUACAUUGGUUGAAUAUGAAGAAGGAAACAGUGAUAUUGCUUCAAUUGAUCUUCAAGAUAGUUCAGCUUCUGCUGAUUGGCGACCAAUGCAGCAAUUAUGGGGUGCUGUAUGGAAGUUGGACUCAGAUCCUUCAUUGACAGGUCCGUUAUCUCUGCGUCUCAAGUCCUCUACCGGGGAGAUGCUCGUUGCCCUAAAUGUCAUUCCAGCAGGGUGGGGUGCUGGUGCUACUUACCGAUCAGCUGUCAACUUUAAUGAAUAG